AUGGCGCGUGUCGUUCCUCAAGCCGCUCUUCGCGCCGCGUCGCACGCCCGCUUGCUUGUAGCGUUCGUGUCGCUCCUCGCUCUGCUCCCCGCGGCUCGCAUCGGGUGCCACGCGUGGGGCCACGUCGGCCACGCGUUCACCUGCGCCAUCGCACAGGCAUUGUUAACGGACGAGGCAGCAGCAGCAGUGGCGGCGCUGCUCCCACCGGUCGCUAAGGGCAGCCUCCCUGCCGUGUGCUCGUGGGCUGAUGUGAUUGGGCACACCAAGGGGUGGGCGUGGUCCGCGCCUCUGCACUACAUUGAUACCCCUGACUUCGCAUGCUCGUACGAUGAACGCCGUGAGUUGGUUAGUCAUUGGGCUGACACCAAAGGGUGUGCCUGGUCAUUGCCUCUUCACUUCAUAAUGAACCCAACGUUCCACCUCCUCUCGCAUCACCUAUCUCUCCGUCCCUCUCACUCCCUCUACGCUCCCUGCCCUCCAGGCGAUUGCGCCUUCGCCCAUCACCCCGGUGUGUGCGUGGCCAACGCAAUCAUCAACUACACCUCCCAGCUCCUCACCUACUCACCCCAUUCCUCUGCCCAAUCUGCAACUCCACUCAAGCCUGCCGGUCUCCUUAAAUCCCCUCACCGGCGUAGUCUUCUUCUCAGAGGGGUGAAUGAGGCAGACGCUGCUGUGCUUGGGGGGGCUGGGGAGGAGGGAGAAGGGAAAGAGGGAGUACCGGAGGUGGGCCAAGGGGAAGAGGAGUUGGUGCGGGUGGUAAGGGGAGUGGUGCGAGAUGGGGCAAGAAAAGCUGCUCAUGCUUCAAUCAUUGCUGCUGCGGUUCCUGCCAGGCAGAAAGAAGCUGUGGGUGUGGCUUCUGAGUUGGCUCAAAAGUCUCCUGCUAGGCAGGAAGAAGCAGUGGAUGUGGGGUCCAUUAAACGCUACAACCUCACACAGGCGCUCAUGUUCCUCGCGCACUUUGCGGGGGACAUUCACCAGCCUCUGCACGUGGGAUUCACAUCUGAUCUGGGCGGCAACAGGGUGCAUGUGACAUGGUUCAAGAGGAAGACCAACCUGCAUGCGGUGUGGGACAGCUUUAUCAUAGAUUCGGCCAUCCACCUGCGCUACAACGGCAGCAGCACCGCCAUGCUGCAUCACAUCGCCCACCAACUCGCCUCAGACUGGCGCCCCCUCAUCCCUGCCUGGGCCUCCUGCCCUGGAGACGUUCUUUCUCGUGCUGCUGCUGCUGCUGCUGCUGCUGCUAGUGCUUCUGGUGUUUCUGAUGAUGCUCAAAUCUCAUCGCAUCUUUCUCCUGCUGAAGCUGCUGCCUGCCCAGCUGUGUAA